AGACUUUAUGCGCAUGCGCAAUAGUUUCGUGACAGAUCCUAGGAGUUGAGGAAAGAGCCAUGUUAGAAGACAGUUUACUGAUAGUGUUCGUAUCUUUCUGUACUGCUUUCCUCUCUGAAGGGAUACUGUACUUGUUGGUGUACAGAACUGAGCACUACAAUCGCCUCAAGACCGAAGUAGAGAGAAGAAGCAAAAAGCUGGAGCGGCAGAGAGAAAACUACCAACCAGGCCAGCAACCUGGACAGAAGAAGAAGCUAGAGAAGAAAGAGGAGAUGUUGAAGAGUGCCAGUCGUGACCUAACAAUGGUGAAGAUGAAGAGCAUGAUGGCAAUUGGUUUCACUUUCACAGCUCUCCUUGGAAUGUUCAACACGCUAUUCGAUGGACACGUGGUGGCCAAACUCCCCUUCACUCCGUUCUCAAUCCUCCAGAACCUGUCCCACCGCAACCUGAUGGGCAGCGACCCGACCGCCUGCUCCUUCAUCUUCCUCUACAUACUCUGCACCAUGUCCAUCAGAGAAAAUGUACAGAAGUUGCUUGGUUUUGGUUUGUCAAGAGGAGCCAGUAAAGCUGGAGGAGGAUUCUUUGGACCAACCAGCUCGAAAUGAUCAAACUUCGCAGCUAUUAGCAUUAGGGGAAAUUAUCAUUAUGCCAAAGUAUUGUGUGUGUCAGCGUGGUGUGGUUGUAUAUAAUGUGUUUAGAUUAGCAGUUGUUGUUGGUGCUGCAGAGCUAGGCUCAUGUCUGGGUCAGAUUUGACUGCUUCCACGAACUGCUCCUGAUUCACUCCAUCGCCAUCAGUAGAGCCACCAUUCUAAACCAGCAAUGCAUUCUCACAUAGUGUAGCUCUAUUAUUAUAGAUCAUGCUCUGUAUAUUAUAUACUGACCUGAUUGAGGACUUUGCAAAUUUCCUUCACUCUUGUUGAUGCUGCUACUGACAGUUCAUCUGGGGUUCCUCUCUCCCCACGUGUCACCUUUCCUUCAUCCUCAUCUGUCAUCUCCUGGAUCAAGAGUGGACCCACCAUCUUGUGCAUUGCCUCCAUUGCCCUCUCCACAUCCUCUCUCUCCACACUCCCGUCCCCAUCACUGUCAUACAGUCUGAACAACAAUGCCAGUCUCUCUUCAGUAGAGCCUCUAGUUGCAGCAGAGAGUGCCGUGAUAAACUGGGGGAACCCCACAA